AUGCGAAAAACCUAUGAGCUAACAAGCAGGCUGAACAAGAAGAUGAAGGCCUAUAAGAAAAGAGUUUUAGAUCCAGGAACAAAGCUGGAUGUAAUAAAGGAUAAUGAUGAUCUUGAGAACAUCGAUGACUACUGGAAAACGGCAGAAUCAGUCCUCAAGGACGACACCACAGUCGAAAUCGAAGAAACAUCAAUAUAUAAGAGUGAGACCGAAGAAGAAAAAAGUGAAGAUAAGGGAGCAGAUGCUCAGAGUGACACUCUAUUUGACAUCAAGACGAUUAGGGAAAGUCUAUCCACCAAAUCCAAGGACAUCGCUUUUCAUGGGGAGUCAUCAGGGACGAACAUCAUUCUUGAGAACAAGGGACCCUCCAGUUCGUUUGAGAAGAUCGGGAGUGGAUUUGAGGACUGCUGUGAAAGUCUGGAGGUUGGCGGGAGUUUUGCUGAUAAAUUGGAUGAUGAGCUAAGGCCUGGAGUGCCUGGGAAACAGGAUAUGGGGACGGAGAGCGAUAGCAAUCCGCGAAAGGAGGUUCCGGGAGAUCAUGGAAUAAGUCCUGCAAAGGAAAUAAGAAACAGAUACAGGAAAAGGCUCCAGAGCCUUGGAAAGGAAUCGGAAGGAGCUUCAGUAAGAAAAAGCAUGAUCCAGUCCAAGGAGAUCUACGAAUAUAAGGGAGAAACAAUCUACAACUCCAAGGGAAAGGAGGUUGCAGUGACAAGCAUAUCUGGACUGUAUAAGGGAAGGAGUGCGUUUGAGCUCCUCGUGACAUCGGAUAGUCUCGAAACUGCGGUUCUAUUUCUAAACAACUUAGCCUUUAUAAAGCCUGAAAGGGCUGUCUGUAACUUUUCAGUAUUUAUGAUCAAAGGAACAGUGUGCAUAGAGAUGGGACAGGAUAAAAUAAUCCUCAAGAGAGGAAGCAUCUGUGUCAUUGAGAAGGGGACGGUGUACUCCAUCAGUAACUCUUUCGGUACAAGAUGCACCAUACUACUGACCUACUCUAUUACCUAA